AUGCGACUACGGGUUAAAACUGCCAAUUUUCUAACACUAGAUGCCGCGUAUGUCGAUUGGGUUGGCAGCACUGUCUCUUGGAUUCCAUAGCGGGCGUCUGUUAACGGAUUUGAAAAUUGUGUGCGUUCUGUGUCAUUGAUGGCAGAUGUUUGUGUGAAUUUGCUGCAGUUUUGUUUUGUAGAGUAAUUGAAAUAAUUGUGAAAUAUUGAGAGAAAUAAUUGAAAGAUUGGGAAUAAUUGCAUUUUAAAGUGCUAUUUAAUCUAAGACAAGCUGGUUUGCAGGACAAAGAACGAAAUGGAAGAAUUAUUAAAAAUAGUUGAGGCUAGUGAAGAAUAUUGCGAUGAGCUACAUCAGCUGAAAGAGAAAUUCAUGCAAGACUUGCGAGCAAAGCUUAGUGGACAGAAGUUGCCGGUUACCGAAUCGAGCAACUUGGGUCAGCUGCCUACCGUGACACCGCAACAAACAAAGAAGCGCAUAAAGCGGUUAUCCGACUUAAAUGAAAGUGAUACAGCCGAAUCUAUUCCUGAAAAAAUUUCGCCCUCUCGCAAUUCGGCACGUACAAGUAAUUCUAAACUUCUGGCCACGGCUGUUGCCAUGGAAGCAGAAAUUGAUGACGAUGCCAUUCAUCAAACUCCACAAAUUAAUCCCACAGCAGCCCCAAGUAGCGCCAAAGUUCCGCAUACGGAGCCAACUGAGGUUCAAUUAAUGCCUCCACCGCCGGCGCCUCUUGCGCCUGCGCCGAGUGAUAUAUUGCAAACAAGUUGCAUUGAAACUUCAUUUGUAAGGCCACAACGUGCUGCCAAAUUAAAAUCAGAGAAGAACUUAAAGGAACCGAAACUUAACAAUAAAUUACGUCGUCCGAGCAGUUGCGAUACCCCUAGGGUAAAAUUAGAGCAUGAAGAACGUCCUUCACAAAUGCAUCAAGUUGAUGAUGACGCAUCAGCAACUAACAGGGAUAGUACCAAGUCUACUGCGAGCGAGAGAUCUGAGGAUUCGGUGGUAGCCAUACCAACUAAAGCUCCAUCUGUGGUGGAAAUAAAUUCAGAAGAUGAGCAAUCAAACGAAAAAGGGUCAGAGCGCAAUUCUGUGGAGGAUGGUAAAGUGCGGAGCCUGCGGAUCAAGAUUAAACGGGAAAAGAGCAGCCUGGGUAAUACAGAAAAAAAUGCGGAUUCUUCUCCCCCAUCGUCCACUAUAGAGUCAUCCGUUAGUACUCAGCUAAUUGUACCUCUGCCAAAGGUUGCCGUAAAAUCUGAAACUGGAAGUGACGAUUCGACAAUUGCAUCCACUACCAUCUCUGUAAAUACAACUUCAACUGCAGGCAAUACCAGGCGUCGUAAGAAGAAAGAUGCACUGCCUAAACCUAUAAAAGUCGAACGGUUUAGCGAUAUUGAGGAUAAUACUCGUACCCGUAAGGGGCGCAAGCAAAACCGUGGCUCUGGCGGUUCUGUUUAUGAGGAUGCCGUUGACCAUCCACUCACAACAGGGGAAGCUACAAAUACGCCACCAACUCGAGUAUCACCGGUUCCAGCCCACAUUGCCUCUGCUGCAGGCAUAAAUGAGACAGUAAAUAAUCGUACACAACCUGAUAAAACCGGGGUCGUAGGCAGUGAUGCUACUUUCUGUGCAAAUGCGGCACAAACUACUUUCCAAGUGGAUCCUGCUCAGACCACUUUUGUUGUGGACAAUCAAAAUGCAAACGUGACAGUUACAUUGAACAAAAAGUCUGGUGGAAAUGGCGCACCGGUAGGCGACACCACGUACAAUUUGCCUACUAGCGGAGCGAACAACUCAACUGCUUCUUCCCAUCAUUCAAUGGAGACUGCAAAAGACACUACAAAUCCACAGCCAGAUAGUCUAAUAACAGAAGAUGAGUCGUUUGAACCAGAUAAACCGAAGAGUAAGUUAGCAACUUUGCCAAAACCUGGGCCAGCUUCGACUAAAUCCAAAAUGUUCAAAAUGCCAACGCGAACAAAUGAGUUAUUCAACCCACUUGUCCAAAGCCCGGUAAAGAAAAAGGUGGAAGCUUUUGAAAAUGCGGCAAUUGCUGCUCAUAAUACGGAGGUCACUAGUACGGGUCGUCCAAAGCGUACUAAGGAAAACGCCGCUCCGUCAAAUUUAGUUACACCCAUAAUUGGAAAGAUUGCUUCAGCGCCAGCGCUUGGUCGUUUCCUAACACCAACGCAAUCUUCAAAUUUAACAGGAUCUUUGGUAAAGGUUAAGAAAGUGCCAAGCAGUGCAUCCAAGGCUAUGGCGCAUCCAAAAGCUAUAGCUAGCGUCAAAGCUGUUUCUGGUACGACUGCCAGUAGAGCAUUAUCCCGUGAAAAUAGCGCGGAAGAUUUCCGCAAAGGUUUGCAUAACCUGGCUGAAGAGCGCAAGAAACAACGCGAACAGAAGCAUCUGAUAGCAGCACAGCAACGCGAGGCUAAAGAACGUGAGCGUGCUGAACGUGCUGCUAAAUUAGUUAAGGAACGUGAGGAGAAGCGGCUCAAGAAGCAACAAGAGGUUGAACAAAAGAAACAAGCACUCGAGGAUAUUCAGCGUGUUUUGCGCCAGCAAGAGGAAGCUGCCAAAUUGAAGGCAGCCAAAGCAAAGGCUGAACAAGAACGAGAACUGUUGCAGCAAAUGAAGCAGCAAAAUUCUCGCGCUGCUGCUGGUAAAAUGCUCCCACCACCACCGAAAAUGCAAGCGAAAUACACAUUUGAAAUGUUACAUGAAGAUGAUUCGACUGAUGAAGAGGAAAAGACUUCGUACAAACGCCCACCGCCACCAAAUUGGAGCCGAAGUCACGUACGUGGUGCCGCGAUUCGUAUGCAACAAUAUUGGCCUACUAAAAUAAUUGACAGCUUCUUCUCUGUGCAGCCAAUGUCACCCGAUUUGCGUUCAAUCUUUCCAAAUAUAAGUUCGCAUCAUUUGAAGCGUAACUCCAGCGUAUUGUGGACAACACCACCGCGCUACUCUGAGCUGCCAAAACACUGAAAUCGUGCUUGAAAGUAAAAGGAAGCAUUCAUUUUUUUUUGAAUUUCACGUUUGAUACAAUGAUAUGUUUAUUAAUUUGAGAUUAAAUUUAAAUUGUAGAACAAGCAGCAGUAGCUACUUGCUCAAAUUAUA